AUGAGUACCGGCGAACUUCUCAGCAUCGAGCCUCAAGAGCUUCAAUUCCCUUUUGAAUUAAGGAAGCAGAUCUCGUGUUCUCUGCAGUUGUUAAAUAAGAGUGACAAUUAUGUUGCUUUUAAGGUUAAGACAACAAAUCCAAGGAAGUAUUGUGUUAGGCCUAACACAGGAGUUGUUUUACCGAGGUCUACUUGUGAUGUUAUAGUUACAAUGCAAGCACAAAAGGAGAUGCCACCUGAUAUGCAAUGCAAGGACAAGUUUUUACUUCAGAGUGUAAUUACAAGUCCUGGAGCUACAGCUAAGGAUAUUACUCCAGAGAUGUUUAACAAGGAGGCGGGCCAUGAAGUUGAAGAGUGCAAAUUGAGGGUUGUUUAUAUUGCACCACCUAGACCACCGUCACCGGUGCGUGAAGAAUCAGAGGAAGGUUCGUCCCCUAGAGCUUCUGUGUCAGAUAAUGGGAAUUUUAGUCCUUCUGAACAGACAGCUGUUUCAAGGUCUUAUUUCCAGAGACCAGAGCCUGAAGAUAACUCAUCUGAGGCAAGGGCUCUUAUUUCCAAGCUGACCGAGGAGAGAAAUUCUGCUAUUCAGCAAAAUAAGCAACUUCAGCAAGAACUGGAGCUGUUGAGGCAUCAUUCUAGCAAAGGUCGAGGAGGUAUCCCUUUCAUGUACAUCAUUCUUGUUGCCUUGGUAGGCAUCAUUCUGGGGUACCUCUUGAAAACAACAUGA